AGAAAAAUGAAGCAAAUCACAAAUUAUCCAUAAACAACAUGAUCGAAUGAAAGCUUCUUUCUCCUUGUCAAUUAAGCUUCCUCACUCUCAACUCUAUAAUAUCAACUUCAUUCUACACAAUUAGAAAGAAAAAAAUUAGACAUGUCUCCACAAACAUAAAAAAAUAUUAGUUAUUUAGAAUAUUAAAUAUACCGAAAAAAUUAUUUAUAUGAGUGUAGGAGGUUACCCAUGCGAUGGGUUUACCUAAACCCAAACCCAACCCGAUGAAUAGUGAACGGGUUUAAACUCAAAGCUGGUCCAAAACCCGUCACACAUAUUUUACCCGCGUUGAUCGAGUUUUGUCGGAUAGGAUACCUAUGGUUCGAGUUUUGUUGCCGCGUCUCAGAUAACGACCAAUGUGUUUAACCACCCGAAUCAGAUCGGGGUAAAACACUAAAAAAACAACGAAAUCAAAUACCCGACGGAAACGAUUACGUGUCGCCGGCGUGGUGACCAAAAAAAGCAAAAACCGGAACGUUUGGAAACCGCGAUGAAGUCGCAACUUGCCAACUUGCCAAAGGGGGGAAGCAGGUCGCACAAGGAACGCGAACUGCCAAAAAGCCACAGACAACUACUCAUACUGUUGAUUCUUCCCAUGAAAGGGCAAACCCAGAAACUUGUUAUCGCCAACUGUACGAGAUUCCUAGUGUGAGUCUACGCUCUAAAGUUUCCAUCUUUACGGCCUCGUGCAUCUGUUCUCAGCUUCCUCGCCUCAUCAAGUUCCCGCAUUUCUGCUUCUGAAUUCUGAUCCCUUUCCGGCUCGUCACUUAUCCUUCGAUUCAUAUAUGAAUUCGGAUUGCUGUUUAUGGUCAGUCUUCCAUCUUGGUCUUUGAUGUUUGAUCUUGAAUUUUACUUGGAACGUUUGGAUUUCUGUUCUUGAUUGAGGUUGCGUUGCUUGCUGGAGUUUCUUAUCUGUAUAACAUUAGUUGGAGCUUUGGUCAAUGCUUAAUUGGUGGGGUUGAGAAUUGGACCAGUGGUUGUGGUUGUGGUUGGUUAGUUGACUUUCUAUGGGGUUUAAGCCGGCUUUGAUGGGAAAUUUGUGGCUUGGGCAUUCUUGUUUAUUGCUUGUUCUGACAAAAAAUGAUGAACAAUGUCUUGCUUUACUGCUCAAUUUUUCACUUCAUACUGAGUUUAGUUAGGUGGAUGAACUCAUAUUCCAGAUAUUUGCAGUAUUAACCAAUCGUUUAUGUUUAUCGUGCAGAGAUAUGGAGUGAAUGUGGACGAUAGAUUUGGUAACUUAUCAUGGCUGGCUUGGAGGAGUUGAGAAAGAAGCUGACGCCUUUAUUUGAUGCCGAGAAGGGUUUCUCAGCUGGGCCAUCUUUGGACCUCAACAAUUCGUACAUGCUUUCGGAUGGAGGAACUGUUAACUUAUUGAGCAGAUCAUAUGGGGUGUACAACAUAAACGAGCUUGGGUUGCACAAAAGCACUUCCUCCCCUAUUGGCACGACCGAGCAUAGCGAAAAGACAUAUCGAUGUGCCUCCCACGAGAUGAGGAUUUUUGGUGCUAUUGGUAGUGGUGCAAGCAGUGUCGUUCAGAGAGCUAUCCACAUCCCAACUCAUAGGAUUCUCGCCUUGAAGAAGAUCAAUAUAUUUGAGAAGGAGAAGAGACAACAGCUUCUUACUGAGAUACGGACUUUAUGUGAGGCACCUUGCUAUGAGGGUCUGGUGGAGUUUCAUGGGGCAUUCUACACUCCUGAUUCUGGCCAAAUAAGUAUAGCUUUAGAGUAUAUGGAUGGUGGCUCACUGGCUGAUAUCUUGAGAUUGAGGAAAAGCAUACCGGAACCAGUGCUUUCAUUCAUGUUUCAAAAGCUUCUCCAUGGACUAAGUUACUUGCAUGGAGAGAGACAUUUAGUCCACAGAGACAUCAAACCAGCAAAUAUGCUGGUAAAUCUCAAAGGAGAGUCCAAAAUAACAGAUUUUGGGAUAAGUGCUGGCCUGGAGAAUUCAGUCGCAAUGUGUGCAACUUUUGUCGGAACUGUAACAUACAUGUCACCCGAGAGAAUUCGAAAUGAGAACUACUCGUAUCCAGCUGAUAUCUGGAGUCUUGGCCUUGCUCUUUUCGAGUGUGGAACUGGGGAGUUUCCUUACACGGCUAACGAUGGACCAGUAAAUCUUAUGUUGCAGAUUUUAGAUGAUCCAUCACCUUCACCUCCCAGGGACAAAUUUUCACCAGAUUUCUGCUCAUUUAUCGAUGUGUGCCUACUUAAGGAUCCAGAUGCAAGGCCAACUGCAGACCAGCUUCUUACACACCCAUUUAUUACGAAGCACGCUCAUGACACUAGUGUAGACUUGGCUGCAUUUGUUCGGAGUGUUUUUGAUCCAACGAGAAAGAUGACGGAUUUGGCAGAUAUGCUGACGAUGCAUUACUACUUACUCUUCAAUGGGCCAGAUGAACAUUGGCUGCACAUGACGACGUUGUACAACAACGAGUCAACAUUUAGUUUCUGUGGCAAACAAUCAGUCGGUUCCAGAGAAAUCUUCUCGACCUUGUCGAGCAUCCGAACAACAUUGGCAGGUGACUGGCCACCUCAGAAGCUCGUUCACGUUGUUGAAAAGCUACAAUGUCGUGCUCAUGGCCAGGAUGGGGUUGCAAUCCGAGUUUCAGGUUCCUUCAUCAUUGGAAAUCAGUUCCUGAUUUGUGGGGAAGGUAUACAAGUAGAAGGCCUUCCGAAUUUCAAAGAUCUUUCUAUCGAUAUAGCCUCCAAGCGGAUGGGUACUUUUCACGAGCAAUUCAUCAUGCAACCAGGAAAUGCCAUUGGGUGCUACUUCAUAGCCAAGCAAGAGCUUUUCAUCAUUCAAUAAUAGGUCCGCUCAGUAUUUAUGUAAUGUACCACCUUCUCUAAGGUGAGCUCACUCAAAGCUUUGUCAUUAGCCCUUUGUGCUGCUGCUGCUGUUGUUGUACAUGUAAUCUAGCUUUAAGUAAGAGAUCAAUCAGGUUCUUCAUGUACCCGCUGAUCUUGAUGAGAACCCAAGGAAAUUUGUUUAAAUGUUUACUAAUGAAACUUGCUACAAAUAACCAUUUUCAAUUGAAGUACAAUUCUAGUCUACAUCAAAAUUGUGGUUGCUAUAUGCUUGAUUGACACAUUCUGAUUUCAGCAAAAGUGGUGAUGUUGCAGCUGUAGAAUUGAUGUUGCUAUCUUGCCUUCCCCGGAUUGGCACCUGCACUGCACAUGUUGAUUUUGUGGUUAGUGAUUAGCAAAAAAGGAUUAAGACGAGAUUACCAAUCUACAGCUCUCACUUCUCCAUCAUGGCCUUCCAAUACUGUUGGAUCCAUUUGUGGCCUUUCCACCUGUUGUGAAAUGCUAUACCAGUUGUAGAAGAAGAGACAGCAAAAGGAGAUAGGUUAAUAAGGCUGCUGUGAGUUAGGGCAUCAAACCUGCCCCACGUAAGUAUUUCCAUCACUAAACCCCAGAGUAUGGAAGAAGCAUCAGGACUAAUCACUGACGGCAAGUCAUUAACAAGAAACUCAUCAUUUAUUUUGUUCCGCGCAAUCUAUUCUUCAGUAUCUUUAUACCUGAAAAUACGCACGAUCACAUAUAGCAGUGAAAAACUGGAAGCGUUAGAAGAAGACAAAUCACCUAUCAACAAAAUAGAAUUCCCUUGACAAUCAUAUUUCUAUUGAUCCCCACAUAGAUAAAAAAAAAUGGAUAUAGUUUCUAUAAAGAGCUAAGAAUCCCAAGUGAACUAAAUAGAGGUUAUUUUUUUUCAUUUGUAGUGCAUUAAAAUAACAAAAAAGAAGGGUGGGUUUGUUGGGUUUGGUCCAGAACAUUGUGGAGGAGAAUUAAGAUAAUAAAGUCCAAAAAAUAGUUAAAGCAAAAAUGAGAUUAUUGUGGAUCGAACUUGUUUGGGAGAAAUUUUACAAUGCUAUAUAGUAUUGGUGCUAUAGGAUUUUGUCUUUAUGGUACAACUUAAAAUUGUACAUUUACGUUAUGGUACAACUUCAGAUUGUACCUAUACUUUUUGUGCAAAUUCUUUUAUGGUACAACUUGAACUUGUACUUUUAUGUGAUGGUACAACUUCAAGUUGUAAAGUUGUACCAUAACAUAAUGGUACAAAUUGCUUUAUGGUACAACCUAAACUUAUACAUUUAAUGUUAUGGUACAACUUUAAGUUGUACAUUAAAGCACCAAUACUAUAUAGCAUAGUAGAAGUGCUCCUUGUUUGGUUUGGUCCAGAACAUUGUGGAGGAGAAUUAAGAUAAUAAAAUCCA